AUGUAUACUUUACCGUAUUAGCCAACAAGUUCAUAAUUAAUAUUAAUCAUGAACUUUCAAAAUCCUUUAAUGAAUCUUAUUCAUAAUCUAGGUUCUCCUAUUUUAAUCUCCAAUAUUAAUUUUACUUAACCCAUUGUUAAUUAUGAAAUCAAAUCUGAACAAUGUAGUAUUUAUCAAUUCAUCUAUAGCUUAAAUUAUUAAGGAUGCAUCUUAAAUCAAAUAACCCUAAUAAUAUUUUAAUCAAAUAUAAACUAUACAGUAAUAAAUUGAAGAAAUCAAUUAUGAUGAUUUACAUUUCAAGAUCUAAAAAAAUGACACAUUUAUUAUUUGCAAUUUCUUCUAAAAUAAAGGUUAUUUCAAACUUAAAGAAACAAAAUGUCUUAAAUUUAUCAAGAUUUUAGAUACUCUUUUAUAAGAGAAUUAAAUGACAAUAAAAGAGUAGAGAAGAAUUAAUUAAAUUUUGUCUUAGAAAAGCAUUCGAACAAUCUUCAAUUAAUCUAAGAGAAAAAUACAAAAUCAAGUUAUUCUAUUUUAAAUUUCUAGAACCUAAUCUCAAGGCUGUAUCCAAACUAUUUCAAUAAUCUUAUUUAGCAGAAAAUAAAAAAAAUUACAUCUAUAUUUUAGAUUAAAUAGCAAAAUUAAAACCAUGAACUAUCAAUUUUUACAUAAAUUAUUCUAAUCUAAAUAAUUUAUCAAUUAGUACCAAACCUUCUUAGGGUGUCAUUUGUAUUUCUAUUCUUAGAUAAUAUUGAUUCAAUUUUAUAGAAGAUGAUAGGAACAAAAAAAUUAAAACAUUAACUGAAAGAACAUGGGAGUUUAUUUAAUCUAAUAGAAAAGUAUCAUAUUACAUUACAAUAACUUUUAGUUAUAUACUGUAAAAGGAUUACCAUUCUAUCAAGAAUAUAUAGAAACUCAAAAGAAAUUGCUAAUGA